AUGUCACUCGCCUUAACUUCGGAUAAUCACCUCCUGGCAUUAGUCCCUCCAAGACUACAGCAUUUGCAACUGAGUGCGGACUUCCAUCUGAUCCACCAAUCCAAACAACAACUUGGUGCUGCAAAUGUCGUCAUGCCGGUCAGAGUGUGCGUAAACGCAAAAUUAUCCUACUUCGAUGUUACCCAGAUCUCGUUUUCCUCACUGGAGAUAAGGAGGCGUUUUAUCUCGUGGAUCCGAAAAAAAUAUUCGUAAGAUUACUGGUAGCAUUUGUUGUUCUAAUGGAAAACGUAAAGUGGUAAGAAAGAGAAUAUUAUAAUUAAUGUUAUUUUGUUUAGAUUUGCCAGAUUCUGUUCAUAUUUUUGUGGUGCCAUAAGGACCGAUGGUGACGCCGCAGUGUCGAAAACCAGAACCACGACUCCGGACUACCCAAACGACAUGCCGGUGUUCCCAAAUUCAAGAGAAUGA